AUGCCCAGACUGUCAAAUGAAGAACGAAAUCGCGCCAUAGGGCGUCUAGACGGACGACAGUCCGUGACGGUCGUUGCACGUGCGUUUGGUUGCAGCAGACAAACAAUAAAUAACCUGAGGACCCGUCUUCAUCAAACUGGGUCAGUUGCAGAUCGCCCCCUACUAGGUCCUCAACGUGUGACGUCAGAGAGGGAGGACAGGUACAUCCGUUUACGUCAUCUCCGUGACCGCUUUACGACAGCAACUUCCACCAGCAGGGUGCUCCUGGGAGGGAGGGUAACCGCACAGACCACCAGGAACCGCCUGCGCACCGCUGGACUGAGAGCCCGAAGGCCAUACUUCGGUCCCAUUCUUACCCGUUUACAUCGUCAACAGCGACUUCUGUGGACGAGACGCCAUGGCAGUUUCACUCAGAGACAAUGGAACACAGUGGUCUUUAGAGACGAAUCCUGA